AUGAUUUAAACAUACAUUUGCAUAUAGUCGCCAUUUUGGAAGCGAAAAAAGUCGGAUUAUUACUAUCUGACAAUCCAAAGAAAUCUGUCGCCAUCGGACAGCGGAUUGUCCUCGAAAGAGCUAUUUUUUGUCGCAAAGUGAUCACCCACUCGAACGGCCCGUGGUAUCACCAGGUCCGUUCAUAGGGUACGUAAGGUACACAACUCAAUGUGCUCUCCGACAAAAUGUCCACACUUUCGGGGCUAGGCAGCAAGGGGGAGAAAAGCAAGUCAAAAUUCACGUCGAUCAAUAUCAAUACAAUAUACAAGGGCAAGACCGUUGAGACCCAAAAGACUUCUGUUCCUCGUCAACAUGGCUUACAAAGCCUGGGAAAAGUGGGAGCCGUGCGGCGCAUGCCACCACCAGCUAAUUUACCUAGUUUAAGGAGUGAAAACAGCGGAAACGACCCGAACGUCACCUUAGUGCCAACUGGAGGAGCAGGAUGGGGCACGAAGGAGGAGAAAGAGAGUGGAAGUCAGCCGCCGUCAUCGCAGCAGCGGCCGGCUACCACACCACAAUCACAGGGGCAAACUACACAGAAGACACAACCUGGAACCGGUGCCAUUGCUGGGGGCAGCAGCAGUGGUGCAACAGCAGCAGCUAUACCACCAGCUGUAUCAGUAUCAGCAGCAACAUCUGGGGCAAACAACACACCUGGAGCAGGAGGGGCAGGGGGCAAAUCUUGGAGCAGCAUCACCAUGGGCAAUGUAGGGCUUGCAGCAAACUUUGCCGCAGGACAAGAAUCACCUUAUUUUCAACAGGAAUUUCCAAAACUUUCUACAGGUGGAGACGAAAACACCACACCAGGCCAGCAACAGCAGCAGCAACAGCAGCAACAUCAAAAGGCGGAAGAAGACAAAAAAGAAUCGGAAUACGGACCAGGGCCAAGUUUAAGACCACAAAAUGUUGGAAGUUGGCGCGAAGGCGGUGGCCGUGGAGUAGUAGCACAACAGCAACAGCAGGACUCAUCAUCCCAGAAUGGUACUCCGACGUCCGGUGGCGGCGGAGGGACAGACCAACAACGUGACCAGCAGCAACAGCAGCGUGAAUCCCCACAGCCGCCUCGCCCUGGGUCAGUUGAAGGUCGCCCGCAAGUCAUGCCACCCAUGGGCCCAGGGGGACCCAUGAUGAUGCCACCCCAUUUCCGAGGAAUGAUGCCACCGUACAUGUAUCCCAGAGCAGGGUUUCCAGGGCCCUUCCCAAACUUCCCUGGGAUGAGGCCACCAUAUCCUUUCCCCGGGCCAGAUGGGAAGUUCCGUCACCCUAUGCCCCAGCAGCGGGCUCCACCUGCCGAUUCUUCAGAGGAAGUGUACAAGAGGCCAGCCAUUAUCAAGGACUCUGAUUUGAGAGAGUUUGAUGAAAUUAUUAAGAAUGAUGACAAUGAUGGAGGCUGGGCCUCUGCACAUGGAGAGAUUGAUUAUACGGAAAAAUUGGUGUUCAGUGAUGAUGAAGAUUCCCCACAAACUCCAAGAGAAAAGAAGGAAGAGAAGGGAAGAAGUGACAGAGAGAUGUUUGAAAGAUCCGGUCCUACAGAGCCUUUUGACCGACAGAAAAGUCCAAGGGAACCCUUCGACAGGCAAAGCUCUAGGGAGGAUCGCCCAAUGCCGCCACAUGCUGGAUGGGAGGCACACGGGCCUAUGGGAUACAGACCACCCAUGGACCAGCGCCAGUGGCAAGGUCGAAUGCCCUUUGAUGCCACUCGUGGUCCCCCUCCACCUGGAGCUUAUCCACCUCCACCCUUCAUGAGGCCACCACCCCCAGGACAGAGACCCUUCCCACCCACUGGGCCAGGACCCCGGAGUCCAAGACACUCUGAAACUGAUGAAGAUGAGAUGUGGCGUCAGCGCAGACGUAAGCAGCACGAUGAAAUGUCUGAGGCAGUGGAGAGGGCUCGUCAGCGCCGGGAAGAUGAGGAGAAGCGUGUGGAGGCCGAGCGCAAAGCAGCAGCCCAGGAGAAGUUGAGAGCCCUAGAGGGCAAGCUGGGCAGAAGAACUGACUCGGAGUCAGAAAGUGACAGGGAAAGAGAAACAAGUCGGGAACGCACUAUUAGUGAAGGACGAGAAAGAUCUGUCAGUUCUGGAGAACGAGAGAGAACCACUAGUGAAAGCAGUGACAAGGCAAGGUCCCAGUCAUCUCAGUUUUCCAAGCAGUUUGCCAAGAAUGUUCCCCCAAGGUUUCAGAAGCAGCACUCCUCUGAGCCUCCUCCUCCUCCUCCUCCACCCCAGGGAGGCGGCGGUGGUGGUGUACCCCCACAGAUGAUGAAGGUUGGCCCCCCAGGUCCACCACCACCUGGAGCCAUGCGUCAGGGAAGCAAAGGGCCACCGAUACCUCCAUGGUGGGGCUACAUGCCACCACCUCACAUGAUGCCACCAGGCAUGCCAAUGUACCCUGGGAUGCAGAGGCGGGGCCGCACAGAUAGUCGUGGGGAGUCUGGGGACGGCCACCCUGACCAUGGCCCCAGAACUCCCGAGUUUCCGCCCUAUGACCGAGAUCCGCGGCACUGGAUGGACCGCCCUCCAUAUGGCCCCAUGCACCCAGGGGCUUUUGAAGAGAUGAGGAGAUACUACGAGCAGCACUACAAGGAAUGGGAAAGAGAGAGAAGAGAAUAUGAAAACAGAAGAGCUGAUUUUGAAAGGGAUGGUGAUAAAGGCAAAGAGGAAGAAAAGGAAAAUGGUCCAAGAGAAGGUGAAAAAAUCCCACGAGAUAUGGACAGGCCCAAAUCUUCAGAGCCAGAGAGGGAGAACAGGAAUUUGGAUAAGAGAGACAGGGAUGGCCAGAGAGACAUGGGACCCAGAAAACCGCCCGUGGUGCAAAAGGAUCCAUUUGAAGAUGGGUCCGACUUCUUUCAUUCAAGAAGAGAGGAUAGACAACCAGAUCCCAAGAGCAGAGAACGCCAUGACAGUCGUGAGAGCCAUGGUAGCCGUGGUUCAGAACAAGAUCGCAGGAGGGAGCGGCCCGACCGUGAAGAUCGUCCAAGAGAUCAAGAUAGAGGAAAAGACUUCCCCUCUCGAAGAAAUGACAGGAAUGAACGUAGCAGAGAGGAGGAACGGGGAAGAAAGGAGGAAGCUUGGAGUGACACUCCUUUUCAGUUACCUGAGGAACAUAGGCCACGGGGUCGACCAAAUGCCCCAGUUCCCAUUCCUUCAAAAGUGGCUGAGAAAAAUUUACCUCCAAGGAGUAACUACACUUCUCUGAAGAGGUCCUCCUCAAAUAUUUCCACCAAUUCCAGCAAUACUGGAGAAAGGAAAACUGAAUCUCCAAAACAGGAGAGUCCAUGGGGAAGACCACCACAAAAGGACAAAUCCUCCAGCAAGGAAUCUCUCACCAAGAUAUCACCAAUCAAAGAGAAUAAGGAAAAUGAAAAGCCACAAGAAGAAACAAAAGAAAGGGAGAAACCUAAGCAACGCGAAGAUCCCAAAGCUGAUGAACCCAAAGAGAGAGGAGACAGACCUAAGACAGCCACAGCAUCAGUUUCAGACACAAAGAAAAAUGAUGACAAAUCCAAGAAAUUUGAUCUGAAGGAAAAAGAGAGAGAUGGAGAUAAACCGCCAGUGAAGAGAAUGCGUGAUGAUCGUGGGCCGCCAAGCAGCCGGCGCUACGAUGAAUAUUAUGAUCGUUCUUCUAGUCGAGGCAGAGGAAGAGAAUAUGUACGAGGGGGUCGAGGUGGUCCAAGAGGUCGAAGUGGAUACAGUGCUGUACGCGGAGGAAGAGGUCGUGGAGAGCGUGGUCGGGGAGGCUACAGUUACGACAACCGACGCGGAGGGGGACAGGGCUAUGGAGAGGGUAGAGGAAGGUCCAAUGAGUUGACAAAGGACAAUAAGAUAGGGGUAUGGGACAACAGAGAAGCUGAGGUCAAUCCUAAGUUGUCAGUCAAGGACCAAUACGGUGAUGAGGAAAGUGAUGAUUGGUUAGAAGAGGAGGAGACUCUGAGUGAAGAGACCUCCAGCAGCCGGGCAGAGGAUUCCAGGGAGAGUUCUAGGGAUAAGGAACUGAAGCCUGGGUCUAAGGACUUCUCAAAGCCCAGCCAUAAUUUGCCCCCUAAGAAGUCUGCCUGGGAGAGGAAACCUGACAUCAAGCCAGACCAGAAGGAGGCUGAUUACAAGGAGAACAAAGAUGGUCACAACAAAGAGGAGAAGAGGUCAGAUGGACGCCGCUCAUCUCGCGAUGGUGGACGAGGGCGUGGUUCUAGUACCUCAGCAUUACAACGCGGUGGGCGUGGCGAGAGAAGUGGAGGAAGAGGAGGUAGGUUCUGGAAUGAACCCAAACAACAUGCUGAUAGUGGAUAUCCAAGAGGUGGCCGUGGCGGAAGGUUCUUCUCUGCUCCACCAAGGCCUUACAGUGGUCAUAACAGUGCUGGCUAUGGCCGGCCACCAGCCAAGCACAGUGCAUCAGCCACAGCUUCUUACAACUCCAAACAAGAUGAAAAUGAGGUGGAAGACACGCAGAACUUGGUUAGGGAAGACAAAGAAAAUGUUGGAGACAGAGACUAUGACUACAGAAAGGGAGACAAGAAUUACCCACCUAGGUAUGGUGGAGGCAGAGGUGGCAGCUCUGGUGGAAUGGGGCGUGGCAGAGGCGGUUACUCUGAGCGCUCACGAGGACGAGGCAGAGGUCGCGCUGGCAGCUACUCAGCAGGACGAGGCAGUGGGCGUGGCAACAAGUCCCAGCAGUUGAACAGAUCCAAUUCCUCAGAUGUUAAUGCCAAUGACCAGGAAGAGUGGGAGACUGCCUCCGAGAGUAGCGAUGUCUUGGAGCGAAGCGACAAGCAGGAUUCAAAAAACGAAUUUAAAGACAACAGGGACAGAAAAGAGAAUGGCCCCUUCAAAAAGAGUUUCUCUGGCCAAAGGCCUGUGACUGACCGCACUAAUCGCCGUGCAAAUGGUGCAGAUAACUGGAGGUCAGGCGAUAGAAACAAUAGAAAAGAGAAAUCACCCAGUUAUAAGGCUAAUGGGACUGCUGGUGGGGGAAGGCCUGGAAACCCUGGUCCAAGGAACAACAAGAAUUCUGCCAAGAAGGAAAACGUCAGUGUAUACAGAGUGGAUGAAAUCGUCCCUGAUGAUCCUAAUGCUAUUAGGAAUGCCCUGAGUAAUCUGAACAACAAGAAUAAAAUGACCUCCAAACAAUCUGGGCUGUCAGAUGUAUCCAAGCCUUUAAAAAAUACCCAAGAAAAAAAUGAAAAGGACAACAAGAAGGCUGAUGCACUAGCAAAUAUUGAUAUUAACAAUUAUGCCAGUGUGGUGGUCAUAGAUGACCAGCCAGAAGUGACCAUAGAUGAUCCAGACUUCCUGUUUGAAGCCAAUGAGGGCUUUCAGGAGGUUUCCUACAAAAAGUCCACUAAAAAGACAAAAGAAACACUGCUGACUAAGAAAGUCUCAGAUCAGAAGGGUAAAAAGGAGAAAGACCUGUUGUCAAAGGUGCUGUCCUCAAAGCCAAGAGUAGCAGCCUCCCCCAUAGUAAAUUCUGGUGAGAAACUCAGCGGCGGUGGUGGUGGCAAGUUCAGCAAGCUGCCCCCAAGACUGGCCAAGCAGAAAGAGCAGAGAGAGAGGGAGCGUGAAAAUAAUAAAAACAACAACACCAAUGUGUUCAUGCCAAAGAUAGAGAACUGGGAUAACGAGCUGGCCAACAACAUUCCAAUGUCAGGGGGACCUAGCAUCAUGGAAGUGGAGGCCAAGCACUCCCUAGCCAGUGUAACACCCUCAGUUCCAACCAGCCUGUUGCCUAGCGUGCCGGUGAAUGCCUGGGACAAACCCAUCACCUUCUCUGCUCAGAUGGGGAUAGCUGAACCGCUGGGAGAGCAGAAGUUUGACAAGAAUGAUCAGCAUGACAGUGGCAUUGACAUGAACGACAUGAACAAUUCUGCUCCCUCUUCCAGAAGGAGCUCUCCUGGCAAUGAGAGCAAGAUAGCACAGCUGAGUGAAGAGUUGGCAGCUGAUGCUCUGAGCAGUGCCACAUAUGAUGCUGUCAAACAACAAGAACACCAGUCCAAGGGUGCUGGAAACAAGGCAGAGGAACUUAGUCGCACACCAAGGAAGGAGAACAAAGUGGAGCCCAUCCAGUUUCCAGCUACAUUUGGCUCUUUCAGCCUGUCGCAGAACGAAGAAUCUGCAGAGCUGAAGCUAGAGUUUACCUUUGACGAGGAGUUGGCCAAGCUUGCAGAUGAUCCCACAGACAGUAAGGAGUCUAGUGGCAUAGUGAGGCCAGGCAAGGGCAGCAUGUCCCUGGCACAGGACAAGAUGGCAGGACCCCUGUCUCCCAACUCCCCUGCCUCUGACCUGGGCAUGAAGAUAGCUGCUGUGAAGAGUAUGUGGGAAACACCCAUGUCCACAGUGUUUGAACACGGUGUCCACAGCAGUGCCAUCACCACCAGCACCAGUUCAGUCAACAGCAGCACCGUUGUCACGUACUUUGACAAUAACAUAGAUGGCAGCAGCAGUGACAUCUCCGCUGAGGCCAACAUGGUCUCCACUGCCAUGGACCUGAACAACACAGCUGCUGUAGCCGCAGAGAUGCUGACCAACGCCAGUCUGGCCAGCAGCAGUCAGCAACAACAACAGCAGCAGGUGGUCAGUGGACAGCAGGACACCAGCAUGGGUGAUAUGGUGUUCUCCGUGGCCAUGGGGGAGGCGCCCAAUGUGUGCAAGGUGCGUCCACAGCAGCUGCAGCCGACCAGUGACUCCCCUAACAUUGGUGCCCUGGUUGACGUGUCUGGGAACAUUCCCAGCCCUCCAGUGAUCAUCACUGUGUCACAGUACCAGCCUUUCCAGCUGGGAACUCAACUGGUCACAGACACUAGGUACUCCCAGCAGAGCUAUGGGUUCAGUUUCUCCCAGCCUCCACAACCCCAGCCCCAGGCCCAAGCUGCCUUCAGCCAACCCAGCCUCUUCAUAGGCUCUGCUCCACCACCAGCCCAGAGUGACCUGUUACAGAACUAUCCUUACAGCAGGCAGCCAUAUGGCCAGUCACAGCAACAGCCCUACGGUCAAACACAGCAGCCCUAUGGUCAAAAUCAACAACCUUAUGGUCAGUCACAGCAAACUUUUGGUCAGUCACAACAGGCCUUUGGACAAAAUCAGCCGGCAUUUGGGCAGUCCCAGCAAGGCUUUGGACAGGCCCAGCAACAGUAUGGCCAGUCUCAGCAGAAUACUAUUAUGGUGUCCUCUGCCACCACAUCUCUGAUGUCUGCGACCAUUAAACCGCCAUCACAGAAUGCCUUUGGUAAUCUGCCAAAGAACAACUCAUUCAACUCCCUCCAGUUUGGACAGCCCCUCAGCAACAGCCAGUCCCAGCUGUUUGUCCAGUAUGAACCUGCUGUACUGGGUGGGAGUCAGAUGUUGGGAGGGACACAGCCCCCCACGCAAAACAUGAACCAGAACUCCUCUCAAAUCAUUGGAUCACAUACGGUGCAACAGAGACAAACUGUGCAGAACCUGCAGGCAGUCCAGCCUCCACAGACUUCAUUCUAUUCCCAGCACCACAACCAGACCCCACUGUCACAGACUGGCUUCUACCAGGCACAGCAGUCCUCUUCCAAUCUACAGCAAGGGCCUAUACAGCAAGUGACUGCUCCCACACAGUAUUCAGUCCAGGGCUUUGGAACUCAGAUCAACAUCCUGCAGCAACAACAGCAGAACUCUGGCCAGCCCGUAGGACUGCACGGCCCAGCUGUUAACAUUGCCCCAGGGGCACCUUCUGCUGCCACGCCCUCUGGUCAAAUGCCUGGCCAGUUCGGCUUGACUGGAAGCUACAACUCCUUUGGUUUGUCCUCGCAUAUCCAACAGCAGCAACAGCAACCUGUUGGAUCCAACAAAGGCAGUAUGAAAGGUUACAAUAAUUAUCAUCAUCAACAGCAGCAGCAGCACCACAAUGGGUCUUACAAUAAACCUGUGGCUGCAGGUGGGGAUGGGUUGUCUGGGAAGAUGAGCAGCAGCCCCAGCCCAAGAAAUAGUAGUGCGCCAAGCCCUAAAACAGGGAAUGCCCCUAGCCCAAAGGGAAAGUUCUCUGCCCAGAACAAUAGCAAGCAUGUGUCAUCAUGUGUCAAUAGCAAGACCUCGACAACAUCAACAGUGGUAACAACACUGUCGUCCAGCAGCAGCACUGUGAGCAGUAGCAGCAGCACCACAACAACCAAGACAACCAGUAAACCAGCUGGAAAGGAUGGUGCCACUAAACCUGGUGGUGCCAAGGGCGCCACUGAUGGUGCAAACAAAGCUGCAGGUGGCCUGCAGUCUAACAAACAGCAGAAGUGGAGCUCUGGCCAGAACAAAGGACCUGCAAGGCCACAACAAAAUAGAAAUCAGUUUGGGGGAGGACAGAAUUUUAACAAUGUGAACUUUCCAUUUGGGAACCCACUACAUCCAGGAAUUGUACGCCAGAAUCUUCUGAUGGGAAACAUGGGAAUGAACAUGAUGCGUCAUCUCACACCGCCCGGGAAUAGUGGUGGAAGCAAUACCCGAUUCCAGGCUCCAGGUGGGGGGCGCCAGGGUGCAGGCAGUGGUAACGUCCACCAGCAGCGCCCAGAUCAGCGCAGUCUUAACAACAAGCCAGAUAAGGCCAGUGCCAUCAAGGCACAGCAAGCUAAGCAACGUGAAGAGUUGCUGAAACACACCAUGAAUUUCCUGAACCCACAAGGGAAAGCCAAGGCAAAAGAGGGCACCACCAGUGCCCCAACCUCAACAACGACUACUUCGACAACUAGUAAAGCGGUGGAUAAGAAACCGGAGGAGAAGAGUGGGGAUAAUGCUGCAAAGAAAGAAAAAGAAGGAGAAAAGAAGUAGAGCAAUGUCUCAUUAUUUGGAAUAUUAACUUCUUCGUUUCACAAGGAUUUUACAUUUCAAGACAAAUGUUUUUAUGAGAAUGAAGAUUAUUUGAGACUCAACAACAUUCUUACUGAAGGAUGUAAACAGUAUAAAACUGACAUUAUGAUCCAGUCGUGAUUCAGGAAAUGAGCCAUCUUAUUUAGCAUUGAAAAGCAGGACGUUACUGUUAUUUCAUGGACUUGGAUUUAGAACUAAUUAAAGACGACAUGGAUAUAUUACUAUAUUAUCUCAAGACCCGAGCCUUUUGUGUGAUUCACUGUUAAAACAUUCACCUAGAAAUGUGACUGCUUAUUGAGCUUAAGAAAGAAGGAUGGCUUCUUGGACUUGUGUAGAAAAUGGACAUUGGACAUGAUCAUUUAAAAAAGAAACAAAGUGAUAGACUUUUGGUCCAUAUCGAUCUUUUCAGAGCAGUUGGAGUUAUAAAUAUUGUUAUUCCAAAGGACAUUCAUGUGGGAUACUUUUAUAACAAAAACUGAAUUGUACUUGACAUUAUGUAGUACUUCUUGUAGAUAGAAUCAUAGGGAGUUGUUUUGAAAAGGAGGGUUUUAUACAAUAUGGGGGGGAAAGGUGAAGGGAUUGCCCCAAGUAGUAAUGAAGGUGUGGGAUAAGUAAGGAAGGUAAGGAGACUUGCAACAAUUAAAAAAAUCUAAAGGAUGAUGAGAGCUCUUGGAGAAUAUUUGAAAAGGGGGGAUAUAGGUGCGAGAAGGGAACCCUCUGAAUUAUUUGAAAACGAGAAGAGGGUUUGGGUAGAAUGGAUCUCCUAAAUUGGUUGGAAAUGUUGGUGUUUUUAGACAGUUGAGGAUAAGAGAUAAAUUGAGAUUUAGAUUCAGUUGAGACAUGGAGAAAAUAUAAGAUUAGGUGGUGAAGAAAUUUGCUAGGGUACACAGAAUGAGGAAGUAAAAUGUUGGUGUGUGGUAGAUGCUCAAUUUUGGAGCUGCCAGUGAAGGGGUGAGACGUUGAUGUCUUUGUUGAUGAUGAAAUGCAUAAUGCAUUAAGGUGAGGGAAAAGUCCAGUGUGGUUUACUGGAUCACUUGGUCAAAAUACAAGGCCUCGGCCACUUGUGGCUUCAUUCAGAGCCCUGAUGUUGUCCAGCCUGCAAUAUGGAAGGCUUUGGCUCCUAUCUGUGGCCCUAGGCUGUAGUUAUGGUAUUCAUGUUCUGCCCCAGGAAGGGGUGCUAUUGGUGGUGAGAUAAUUCUCUAAAAGGCUGAUGUCUUUCUAGUUGAACACAAUUGCUGUAAAAGUAAGGCGUUUUCAUGUUGGUCAAUAACUUAAGGGAUUAAACGAGUCCAUGGGAAGUAAUGAGGAAAAAAAAUAUGAAAAUUUAAUGGACAAUUCUGAGUAUGAACAAGUGGUGAGCAUUCUUGAAUUGCUGAAUGCCAAAUCUUACCAAAAAAAAGAGAAGCCCAAAGAAGGAGGUUGAAUCCAGGUUAAUAAAAAAAAAUGUGUAAUCUAAGAUGUGAAGGAAGCUAUACUGCCCCUAUAGCUAGGAGUGUAGAAUUUGAACAAGGGAAAGAUAUUCCCAUAUAAUGAGGUUCAGAAAUGAUAAAAUAUGAAUCAAAUUUAAGCUGCCCAUUGAGAAGAAAUGGAAGCACUAUUUUAGUGGGAGUGUGUGUCCGUUGCGCUGCCCCCGUGUCGGACACUUAAUCACUCUAUAUUAUUGUGUAAGGUAAACAAAUUAAUGUUCAGUUGAAGAUGCUCGCCACUCUAGCAGGAGCAGAAACUUGGUCUGCCCCACCAAACUGCUAACCUGCAGGUGGCAGCACUGCACUUUAAAAAAAAUCGAAGCAUGUGUUUUCUUUCUGUGUAUUUAUUUAUCAUCAUUGUUACUAUAACCAUUAAUUAACAAUAGUCGGUGCAAGGAGGCCAAGAAAGGUCUUCUGCUGGUUUGGGUUGAAGUACAUUAGUAUUCACUAUAAUUGGUCUUUACCUGACCAGUUGUUUAAUUUCAACACUUGAUUGUGGAACUCGAAUGUAAGGAUUUUAGUUCACAAGCAAUGUAUUCUGUUUUAACUACAUUUCCAGCAUUGAAUAACAGGGCAUGCAUUAACCCCUUCCUUUCUAUUUAAGAGGUGUACUGUAAUACAAAGAGGGUGAAAAUGGCACUGUAUUUGGUCGUGGAGUAUGCCAGUAAUAUAGUUAUGAGCACUUCUGUGCUUCAAUACGCGUUUAGCUAUAACCAGUAAAGUUGGACCUUAGUUGGUUACCGCAGAUCUGAGUGACAGCCCAUUAUUUCAUACUCCAGCACAUUAUAAUAUUUUUUUUCCGGAUGCUUUAUCCCCAGGUUUUUUUGUACUAUAUGUUGCAUAGCAAAAUGUUGGAUGGAGAAAUAAAGUUGACUUCGUAUUGGAAUAUGAU